UAUGCCGCUAUAUCAGUCGACUUCGUCGUCGUGCACAGCCUAAUUUUCUUGCAUCUUUCAAUUUCUUUCUCUUUCAUUAACUGCUAUGAACUGCAUUCGACCAAUAACAGUUUAUCCGGAAUUUCCAUUCGAAGAGAAUUUUGACAGUUGGCUUGUUUGUCGAGAAUUUUUCUAUAAUGUAUUUUAAUAUUUUCAAUGCAAUAAACAAUCAUAGCUGAAACUAUGGGCAUAAAGGAUCUAUGGAACGUCUUAACACCGUACUGCGAAAGGAAGCCUCUGUUUGAGUUGAAUAAUAAAGCGGUUGCAAUUGACCUUUCAGGAUGGGUAUGUGAAAGUCUUAACGUUGUAGACUAUUUUGUUCACCCUCGGUUUUAUUUAAGAAAUUUGUUUUUCCGCACUUGCUAUCUACUGCAAACAGGAAUCGUUCCCGUCUUUAUUCUGGAGGGCACUGCACCACCACUUAAAUACGGAGUAAUCAUCAAAAGAAACCAGUUGCAAUUUCGCGGAGCUCGUCCAAAAAAGGCCGCAAAUUGUGAUAAAGAGGUACGCAAACGAACUGAAGAGAAAAAACCAUGUGUUCCGAAGGAACAAAAACGUAAUCGUUUCCACAAUGUGUUGAAACAGUGUGAAGAGUUGCUCAGUGCAUUGGGUUUGGUUUGCGUUCAGGCUCCGGGCGAGGCAGAAGCGUUAUGUGCCUAUCUCAAUCAUGACAAUCUUGUAUAUGGCGUUGUAAGUCAGGAUUCGGAUUGCUUCGCUUAUGGAGCGAUUAGAGUUUUCCGUAAUUUUUGUGCUUCCCAGAACGGAGGCUCGGUUGAUGUGUACGAUUUAGAAAAGAUUAGCCAAGUUAUAGACUUGGGUCAGGAAAAAAUAGUCGUUAUGGGUAUUUUGGCAGGAUGUGAUUACUGUCCUGCCGGAGUACCCGGGGUAGGCCGAGAAGCAGUCAGUAAACUGUUAGGAAGUCAUUCGAGUAAAGAUAUAUUGACACGUAUUCGAUCAUGGAGGAAAACAGCUGAUACAUUGACAGAAUUGGAAAUCAAAGUGGAUGACAAAAAUAUCUGCGCAGAUUGUGGUCAUAAUGGAAAGACCUUCAAUCACCGCCGUUAUGGUUGUCAGGAUUGUAAAACAAAAAAUGGCUGUGAUGACAGUAAAUGGAAACAACAAAGGGCAAAUAUUAAGGCAGAAAUGGAUGUUAAACGAAAGGCUCUGCUGCAACCAGAAUUUCCACCAGAAGCAAUAAUAGACGAGUUCAUGGUGCGGUCUUGUGAGCUUCCAAAACUGGACCUGGAAUGGAGGCAACCUAAUCUUGUAAAGUUUAUUCGUAGCAUAUCUGACCUUCUGCAGUGGAACGAAAUCUACAGUUUUCAAAAACUGCUCCCUUUGUUGACUAGAUGGCAAAUAUUGGCGCUUGCUGGAAAUUCAACGAAAAAAAUAACUAUUGCCCUCAAACCUGACUUUAUCAAGAAAAAACGUUCGCCUAAGGGUGUAGCGAGCUUUGAAAUAGUAUGGAAACAUGAGGACUCUUGCUUUGCGGGGUUGAUUCCGGAAGAUCAAAUUCAGGCAUUCUUAGAUGAGACAGGAAACACGCUAGAAUCUCUUUGGAGUACUAUUGAACCGCAAGAUUCUGUUGAAGCCGCCUAUCCAGAACUUGUUCAAGCAUUUAGAGCACCUAAGACAAAACCAAAAAGAACGAAAAAGGUGCCGGAUUGUGAGCAACGUAAAAAGAGAACAAUGAAGAAACCAAAAGAUGCUACACAAAGACGUUUGGAAGAGUUUUUGUCUGCAAUUAGCGACGGCACGAUUGGUGCACAGCUCUAUAACACAGACGACUUCGAUAAAGAAAAUUCAGAACCGUUAAAUGACGUUGCAUGUCUUGCGACGAGUCCUUCUGAAGUUGCACAGAGAGAUCCGCUGAAUAGCACCAAACAUAAUGUAGCCGAUAUGUCUAUUGAUUCUGUUGACUUGAGCACGAUAGCACUCGAAGCAUCGAAUGGAACCGAUUUUAUGAAUUUGUCGGAAAUCGUAGAUAGAGUUUGUGAUCCCAACUAUGGACGAGUCGCAUCUUCGCUACAAGCAACACUCGGAACUGCUGAUCUGUUAUCGAUGAGUAUUCAAAUAGACGAGCACGCAGAGGAUGAACUGGCAGACCAUAAUGAAAAAGAUGUCAUUCAACGGCGACUGCUUUUAAAACAAGAUGUCAUCCAUGUGGCCACCUCCUCAGCAGACCAAUCAAUGCUGAAUUGUUCCAUUCGGCUUCGAAAGAGAAAGAGUUUCUUCUUUGAGCCACUGAACGUUCCACCACCGGAGCUGCAGGAUUAUUGUAAUGAAAUUGAUAUGUUUGAGUGCUCACUCAUGCUAAAGGAUCAAAUUGUAGUACCCCUUUCGGAUGAGUUUAAUCAAACUAUUGUCUAUGAUAUAGAUUUUUAACGUAA